UGUUGUCAAUUUGAUGUCAUUAUUUCAUUAGGAAAUAACAAAAAAAAUACGUAUCUUCCACAUGGUUGGCGUUUCGUUUAGCGUGUCAACAGAAGGGUCUUCCAGGAUGGCUGGAGGCGCUGUGGUCAGUUUUUCACAUGGUGGCACGCUCUACAAGGGAGGAAGAAAAGUAUUUUUCUUCCGUCUGUAGGCAGCAGAGAACUGGGAGAGACUACACUUUUACGGAGCAAUCAUGCCGAUGUUCGUGGUGAACACCAACGUGGCCAAAGGCGAGGUACCGACGGCUCUGCUGUCCGAGGUGACCGAGGAGCUGGCCAAAGCUAUGGGCAAACCUGCAGAGAAAGUUGCUGUGCAUGUCAUCUCUGACCAAAUAAUGAUGUUUGGAGGAAAGGGAGACCCCUGCGCAGUCUGCUCCCUCCACAGUAUUGGCAAGAUAGACGGUGAUUACAACAAGCAAUACUCUAAGCUGCUGUGUGGACUGCUCAACAAACACCUGGGCAUCUCUCCUGACAGGAUUUACAUUAACUUCUUUGAUGUGGAUGCAGUCAAUGUGGCCCGGAACAGCACUACCAUUGGCUGAGAAGGAGGUUAACCCACUGAAAUAGAAGAUAAUUCCAGUAUUUUCCUAUUUGUAUGAGCAUAGUUAAAACAGACCGUGAAGUGAAGAUGCAAAGAUACCUGGUAAUUGCAAGGCCAGUAUGCCGUAUGGCAAUUUUAUAAGCACUUAGCUGGACCAUUUAGUCUAGCACUGAUCCUUUUUUCCAGAAAUUGCAAUAAAUAAAACUCUGCAGACCAUAAA